AUGCUGUCAAGGUCAAUUUCAAGGUCUCGAUCAAGACUGCCAUUUAAGAAACAAUCAGUGGAAGAGUCCAUAUAUCGUGAAAGAUCUCAGGAACGUUCCAAUGAGAAAUAUCAUAAAUCUGAGCUUUAUAGAAAGGAAAAACCAACCAUUCAAGAUGUACCACUACUGAAUUCUUCAUUCAAUAAUAGGAUUAAUCUGCCUCAAUUCCAACAGGAACAGAAUGAAAGAGGCAGAUCUAGAGAUCGUGGGAAUUCGUCUCCAACUAAAAGUAAUUCUUCAACAAAUCAAACCGUUGACUCUUCUCUGGAAGAAGAUGAUCCAGAUAUGAUUAGUCUUAUGGGAUUUUCUGGGUUUGGAACUACAAAGGGCAAGCAUGUAAAGGGCUCGAAGGGAGGUGCUGCUAAAACAGAAAAGAAAACUGAAUAUAGACAGUAUAUGAAUAGAACUAAAGGAUUUAAUCGUCCAUUAUCUCCAUCCCGAGAUAAAUAAAAGAACAUAAAAUCUUAUGUGAUUGGGUUGCCUGGACUUAGUCUUGAUUCAUUCAUCGCACAAUCUUUAGGUAGAGUUCAAUCUUCUACAAAGAAUCAUUCAAUAUGGGACACACAAAAACCAUUGAGUGGGAUAUCUAAAAAGGAAAUAGUUGUACUUUGAAUUAACUCCUUUAAAGUAC